CCGCAGUAUUUUGCUCCGAGUCGAAAUGAACGUCUCCUAAUGAUCAAUGAAAUCGAUGAUACUUCUAGAAGGGGUGCGUUUUUUUUCCUUGCGGCUGACUAGAGACAAACAUACACAAAGUUUCGACUGAACCAAGAAAUCUCAUGGUGGACGCCCAGGCGCAGGCGAGCCUGCAAUUUCUGCAGGAGAACGUAGGCGAGGCACUGGCGGAGGGGUUCACGGCACUCAGUCUGGCGCAACCGGCAGAUGGCGUUGAGUUUUUGUCCACGUUUCUCUCCCAAUACGCUGUCGCGGCCAAGAAGAAGUCUGAUAGGGAUGCGGAGUUGAAAAAGAUCGCAAAAUUGAAAGCCGUUCUGGAGGCUGAGCAGGCAGAGCGAGACGCGGUAAAAGCUGCCGCAGAGAAGGCAGAAGCAGAUAAGGAAGCAAGUAUUUUUGUUUCGCAUAAUUCUUUUGUCACUUCUAGGAGCUUCCGCGCCUGUCAUGCAGAUUUUCGCGUUCGGGUACAUAUUCUAAACCAGUAUUCAAAUUCAUUUACUAGAUGGAAAUAGAACAAACCUUCUGUAUCUCACAGGAUUCGCGGCCUGCGCCGAGACACUAAAGACCUGCGAGGCUUUAUUCAACGAAAAAACUGUUUCACUGUGGUGCUCUUGCAAGAUCUGCAUCACAAGUUUGCUACACAUGACAAGGAAAAUUUGCCAUGCGCGCUUUACAAGGGAAAACACGCUUGAAAAUCCAAUGUCUUGCAGGUGUAGCAAGACAAACACUUUGGUGCUUCGUUCUCUGCAUCACAAGUUCACAGUGAAACAGUUUUUUCUUGCGAUAGGCCUGGUCAGAUGGGGUGUGGGAGGAGGUCGUGCACAAUAGUUGCGCCGUCCUCGGUAUCAAAUGUAAAAAUGUCUGGGUCUGGAAGAAUGCAUGUUUGUCAUGCUUGUCUGGCAUGACUCUUAAAUCUGUCAUGCAAGUUACCCAAGAGCCCCAUUUUUCUGUGAUGCAGAAGCGCACUUUGUCAUGCAGAAUAGGCAACACCUAGAAGCUCAGAAACUUGUGAUGCUGAGCCAGCAUUUCUGGCCUCAUCAUGAGACGCCACCCAGCAUCACAAGUUUCCAGACCCCGACAUUUUUACAUUUGAUACUCGGCGGAACCGCCGCAUACUUGAGCACACUCUGCACAACAACAGAGGAGCCAGAACUGCAAUACACACACGGUAGAAAUAAAGUUCAUCUGAUUCAUUAUGUUUUUCCCUAAAGUUGUGCACGACGAAGAUGUUUCUCGUUUUCCGCGACGAGAAAAGCAACCGACAAAAGUGCCCAGCAACGACAAUAAAUGAACAAUGAAUCUGAAUCGUUCCCAAACAGGUCAACCACUGAUGAUCAACAAGCUCCUGAAGGCCAGCGAGGGCGUAUCCCACAAGAUUUUCGAGGAAAUCCCCGAGCCCGAGGUCGAGGACGGCGUGGAGCCACCACCACACAGGAAGUUUCAGCACCUCUACAUCGAGUACGUUACCGUGAGGAAAAAUCCCCCCUCCCCAUAUUGAAAACGUAUGUUCCUAAAUAAAAUUUGUGAUGCUGAUUUGUGACCACAAAUCCUGUCUCUCUUGCAAGAAGGCAAAUCCAAAGAAUUCGCAGCCUUAUGGAGGCGAUUUGUGACGCUGUUUCACGUACAUGGCAGGCCUCUGUCAUGCUAAGUGCCUACAGCAAAACACCCCUGCGCAGGCUGAGGCUUUGCUUGUAGUGCCUCACUGCAGGACAGGGCUGAUUUGUGUACACAAAUCCAGCAACAGAAGUUUCCGUUUCGAUAUGGGGAGGGGGGAUUUUUCACUUUGAUAUACGUCACGGACGAACCAGCCAUGAAGUACUUCACCUGGAUGAAGCUCGGCGCCUACUUAUCGUAUUUAAAAACGUCCCCACCCCAACAUAGUUGUAAUGCAGAUCUGCAUGCUGAGCAUUUUUCUCAUGCGGAGCCCCAUGAGAAGCAUUUUCUAGUCGUGUUUUAGAAUUUGUCAUGCUCAAAUCAGCAUAGUAUACUAGAUCUUUGAUGCUGCUCAGCUAGCUCAAACAGCACUACACUACGAGUCCAAAUUUGUCAUGCAAAACAUCCAAAGCUUGUUGAUUUGUCUAGCCGAUUCCCCAUCUUGACUAUGGGGUGGGGACGUUUUUACAUAGGAUACUACUGCGCGGUCCCGAUCGUGUACAACAGUUAUCUGACGUUGGAGGCAUUCGCGGCGUUCCUGGAAUACGAGAAAAACCCACCAGUGCAGCCAGAGCCGGCGGAGGGGGAAGAGGCAGACCCAGAUUGGACGCCACCACCACCGGAGGCACCAACGGUCGAGGUAAAGAUGAGACACUGUUGUUUUGAUUAUGGGAAUAAAAAGUUUCUGUGAUGUUAUAACUGCAAGGGAUACCAGUAUGGAUCUGGAUGUCCUUGUGUGGAGGCUGCUAUAAUGCACAUGUACGAAUCAAUAAUCAAAAUUAUCAGGUAAGAAUGGCCGUAGGAGUCGACUGCUUGGGAACAAAUUUGAAGCUGAAGGCCGGGGAGGUCGACCGAGUGCACGGCCUGAUGGACACAGUAGCGGCAGCAAAGAACAGGGUGGAGUAUCAAGGUACUGUUUAAAUGGUAAAUUUCUCAUGUUGCACGAUUUUCGCGAAGGAAUUCAUUUUGUCUUGCAUCGCAACAAUAAGUAAUUUUGUCUAGGGCCGAACUGCUAUCAUCGAAAAUUCAGACGUCUGGAACCAAGCCAAAAUGUUCAACACCCCCUCCACUUUCGUGGAUGCCUUCGAAGCCGCAAAGGGCGCCGCAGCCGACGUCGACGGUGUAACCGCGGCAUACAAGGAGUCGAUGGGUUUAGAGGAGUUGUCGGAAACCCAGACGUAUCAACUGCAAAAGUGUCUGGGUCUGGAAACUUGUAAUGCUAAAAAUGAAUGCUAGACGCACUGCAAUACGCAGCUAUGCAUGACAAAUUUCUUGGCUGCCAUGUCUUACGUAUUCCGCAUGGCAAACUGCGUUUUUGCAUGACAGGCACGGGGGCUUUUUCGUCCCUAUGCAACACAAAGUCUCGAGUCAUGCCAGACAAGCAUGACAAACUUGCACUCUUCCAGACCCAGACAUUUUUGCAUUUGAUAAGACGGCACUCUGCAGCGCACAGGCCGCCUACAAUGUAGCUGUGGCAGCGGUCGGAGGUAUAGGAUUUUGAAUUUUUUUCUGGAAUUACCUCCCUGCUGGUGCUGACGAUGCAUAUUUUUUUUAUAUGAGUUUCAUCAGUUCCACACAUGGACUUGUGCUGUGCCAGCAGCAUGCUGAAUAAAGACAUCAUAAAACCAAACAGCCGUCUCCGCCAGCCUCGACAGUCUCUCCGUGUGCGUGGUCGUGCAACCCGAGGUCCUCGCCGUAACACGGUGCAUUGCCUACCUCUGCGGCUAUGACGACACGACCUUGGCCGGCGGGCCGCACAGUGAAUACACCUGGGCCUUGGCCAAGCAGGCGAUUCCAGGACUGGGUGAGAAGAUCGCGGCGUGUGAGUUGUCGAAACCAAGACAAGGCUUGAAGAAGGAACAAAGGUAAAAAAGAUCGCUUUAUUUUUUUCUGUGUUGGGGAUAAAUUUUUAUUUUACGUGUUGGCAGAUUAAAGAUGCAUUCCUCGACGAUGCAUGUAUGUAAGUACAGAUUGCAAUUUUAAUUUUAUUCAAUCGAGGUUUCCUAACAUCGCGGCCAUCAAGCCGGCCGAAAUCGCGGAUCCGCUGGAGAUGGGCAGCUUUGGCUUCACCGUCUUGUGCUACUGGCUCGACGCAGCCUGCGCCCUGAGGCAAGUAUCAAAUGCAAAAAUGUCUGGGUCUGGAAGAUUCUGAGACUUGUCAUGCACAUUUUGCAUGAGCCAUGAUAUCUGUGAUGCAUGCCCUAGCAUCACAGAUUUUUUGAGGGCUUCUUGAUGCCUAUUCCGCAUGACAAAUGCCCUCUCCGCGUGGCAACCAUUACGCUCCUUUGCUGCUCAUGCAAUACAGAUUUUUUUGGAAUCCAAAUGCAGCAUCACAAGUUGCAUUAUUCCAGACCCAGACAUUUUUGCAUUUGAUAGCAAGCCUACUUGGACGACGAGAAAGCGAAGUAUGACGUGCAGCGGGCGGCAUUCGUAUCAAAUGCAAAAAUGUCUGGGUCUGGAAGAAUGCAAGAUUUGUCAUGCAUAUUUCUCAUGACCCAUGAUGCCUGUAAUGCAUGACCUAGCAUCGCAGACUUUUAGAGGGCCUCCUGAUGCGCCUUCCGCAUGAGAAAUGCCCUGUCCGUAUAGCACAAAUUGUGACCCUCUUGCUGGUCACGCAAUACAAAUUUUUUUUGAGUCCAAAAACAGCAUGAUUCCAGACCCAGACAUUUUUGCAGUUGAUAACUCGAGGGAAACGCCGAUGUAAUGGCCAAGUGGUACGAGGCACAGGCGGUAUAGAAAUGAUUUUGUUUUGAACGGCGUGUAUCUACAUUCCGGUGUGAAGAUACAACGUAGUACGACGUGUAUAACAGCAUGCAUGAUUGGUUGUGAUGCAACCGAUGGUACGACGUCAACGACAUCCCCGUCGAUGAUGAUGUGAGGAAAGAAGCCUCGCUUUGUCGUUUACUUUAUUUUACCGCUACAUCAUUCAACAGUUGAAACUUUAUACCUUCACAUUUGUUACAGGCAAAAGCCGCUGCGGAGGCCGCGGGCGAGGAUCCCCCGGAGGUCGGUGAGAAGCCGGAGCCGGUCCCGAAGCCGACCCCGCUCGUAUCAACUGCAAGAAUGUCUGGAUCUGGAAGAUUGCCAGGUUUGUCAUGCAUAUUUUGAAUGACCCACGAUGUGUGUGAUGCAUGCCCUAGCAUCACAGAUUUUUAGCGGACUUUGUGAUGCUUCUACCGCGUGGGAGGUGCCCUCUCGCCGUGGCAAAAGCUGGACCGUUUUGCUGUUCAUGCAAUACAGAUUUUUGGAUAAUGCAGACACAGCAUCACAAGUUGCAUCCUUCCAGAGCCAGACACUUUUGCAUUUGAUAGCUCGCCGAGUGCGACGACGACUUCAUCGCGUCGGAGUAAACGGAUUUAGAUUUACUUCGAGGACCACUUCGAUGAGUUACGAGAAGGCAUGAAUCCGAACAGUAUGCUACUGGCUUUGAACGUCGAAGAACCUCCGAAUCACAGUUAACUAUUUGAAUCGCAGAUAGAACUUUUAUCAUCAGACAGAGUUACUUUUCCUCGUCGUCUCUGACACGUCGAGAUGAAAACGAAACCGAAUUUGUAGUAUUAGCUGAAUCAGACAAGAAAGCAGGAAUCGAAACCACUAAAAAAUUGCAAUCAUCAGACACGAAGAAACUAUGACAGAUUGUUUUCAUCACCGAACGACAGACACGACCAGAAUUACUAUACCUCAGACAACAGACACGAGCGAUUUAUUUCACGAGGAAAAACGCUCAGCUGCAGUAGUCAGUUCUCCUACGGCGCAGCUGAAGCGAGGAGCAGAGAAAAUGAAUUUAUUGUCAAAUAAACUGUAACAUUAAAAGCGAUUUUUCACCGAACUAGAAUCCUUGUCCCGAGAAUAUUAAGCGCUUGCUUGACGCUUUACAGUAAAUGAAAAUUAUUAAGCAAGCAGCAGUUUCAAUUGGAGGUGCUCGAGGGCUGUAGCACCACAACUAGUCCAUCGAUAUUCUCUGCUUUGCACAGUCGGUCCGUGUCAGGCAGGAUGAAAACAUUAGCUGGAGAACCUGGUGGAGGAAGAGGACCGGAAUCUGAU